UAUCACCAAGUAUUAGAAAACAAACACACCAUGGCAUUGCUGCUUGUCUUGUUUCUAGCCAACAUUCUAACAACUUCAAAGGGAUCAAUAUCACAACCGGAUCACGUCCACCACCAAAUUCACCUCCUCCGGCCGCAAUCUGGUGCCGGAGGAAACCUUGUACCUGGUUUGUCAUGCCUAAGUUGGCGACUCGGCGUUGAAACUAACAACAUUAUUGGGUGGAAAACUGUUCCCCAAGUGUGUGAAGGUUAUGUUGGUCAUUACAUGCUAGGCCACCAAUAUCUGAAAGACUCUAGAGCUGUAGUUAACGAGGCUUUGCUUUAUGCUCAAAGCCUCGAGCUGGACAGAGAUGGUAUAGAUGUUUGGAUCUUUGAUAUAGAUGAGACUACCCUCUCCAAUUUGCCUUAUUAUGCAAAGCAUGGAUUCGGGGUGGAGCCAUUUAAUGCCACAUUGUUCAAUAAAUGGGUAAUGGAAGGGGCUGCUCCAGCUUUGCCAGAGAGCCUUAGACUAUACAGGAAGUUAUUAUCUCUGGGGAUUAAGGCUGUUUUCAUAACAGGAAGAUCAGAAGAUCAAAGAAGUGUAACAGCUGCUAAUCUAAAGAAAGUCGGAUACCACACCUGGGAGAAGCUUGUACUUAAGGAACCUUCGUAUUCAGGAAAGCCGUCAGUAAUUUACAAAUCCAAUGAGAGGAAAAAGGUGGAGAAAAAUGGAUAUAGAAUCGUCGGGAACAUAGGUGAUCAAUGGAGUGAUCUACUGGGCACCAACACUGGUAAUCGGACGUUCAAGUUGCCAGAUCCAAUGUAUUACAUUAGCUGAAGCCACAGUCAGGAACUGUGACAAACGUUACUGUGGCUGGUCUUUACAAAACGUCCAGCAGGAAAUGGUUAUAUUUGUGGAGAAAUAACACUUAAUAGACCCAUUUAGUCUUGUUAACCAUAAACCCAAAAAUCAAAAUGCAAACUGGUUCGUAUAAUUAUAUUUAAAUUUUAACGAUCUCUUUUAUAUAAAAAAAAUGCAACAAGUAAUUAAAAAUCAUCGUGUUAUCAUAUAUG